AUGCCCUUCCCGAGACGUCCUGCUAACCUCGUCACAGUGCUGAUGCUGAAGAGGGUUCUCGAAGAAAAAAAUGCAAAGGUGCUUCUGGUGCUACCUUACGUUGCUCUCGUACAAGAGAAAGUACGAUGGCUUCGGAACAUCGUUCAAGGGGUGCCCAAGCCCGUAGACGAAAUUGAUGAUGAAAAGCGGAUCUGGAGGCGGCGUGCUGACGAAGAUUCCAUCAGGGUCAUUGGAUUCUUCGGGGGUAGCAAGAUCAAGCCUACAUGGGCUGAUUUUGAUAUCGGUGUCUGUACUAUCGAAAAGGCGAAUGCACUCGUAAACACUGCCAUCGACGAUUGUUCGAUCAAGUACUUGAAAGCCGUUGUCUUAGAUGAGCUUCACAUGAUCGAUGAUGACCACCGCGGAUACCUCAUGGAACUGAUGGGGACAAAGCUGCUCAGUCUACCCCAGCCAGUCCAAAUUAUUGGCAUGAGCGCUACAAUGUCUAACAUCAACCUUUUGGCUAAUUGGCUGGGAGCUCACUCUUACGAAACACGGUAUCGGCCGGUGCCAAUCGAAGAGCAUCUCGUCUACGAAGGGAACAUCUACCCUGCCGCCACAACGAGCGAGCUGCUCAAAACGGCUAAUGAGCUGAAGACGCAGCAGCUUGAAAAUACCAGGGCCAUAAGGCGCAUCGAGUCGUCAGAUCACAAGGAACUCAAAGAUCCUGUGCUGAAUGCAGUUGUCUCCCUUGCCAGCGAGACUGCCAGGUCUGGCUACGGUGUGCUGGUCUUUGCGAGCAGUCGUCCUGGGUGCGAAUCAGAUGCUCGCUGGAUCGCUAGGGUUAUGCCCGCCUCACACGAACUUGACCCUGCCCUGGUUGACAAAAGAAUCGAUCUACUAGCUGAGUUGCGAAGUCUCGGAACCGGAAUAGACCCUGUCCUCGAAGAGACGGUUCCUGCGGGAGUUGCCUUCCAUCAUAAGCAGCGCAUACAGAGGGCAUUACUCGAGGUCAUCGCGGUACGGCUUGCAACUAGUAAAGAUGCCCUGGAUGACUAUCUGAGCAAGACCCUGCUAGCACACGCUGGACCACCGGAGCCAUUGCAAGAAUGUGUUGAGACGAGUCUUAAGAAUCUCCAAUCAAUGGGGUUCAUUACGGCGGACGUACUCGGCAACUAUCAACCCACGAAAUUGGGUCACGCCAUCGUAGCCUCUGCCUUGGAUCCCGAUGAUGGAGUGUUUAUUCACAAAGAGUUGGAGAAGGCGCUCCAAGCCUUCGUAAUGGACGGCGAGAUGCAUAUUCUUUACACAUUCACCCCUGUCCACGAUUUCGGCACCAACAUCAAUUGGCAAGUAUUCCGCAACGAAAUGGAGAACCUCGACGAUAGCGGACACCGCGUGCUCGGGCUUCUCGGGCUUAAACGUGCUGUGAUCAACCGAUUGGCACAAGGUAGUACACUGAAGGAGACGACACCCGAGGAAAAGGAAAUCGUCCGUGUACACCGUCGGUUCUACUUGGCCUUUCAGUUACGAGACUUGUGCAACGAAGUGCCGGUCCACGCCGUUGCGCGCAAGUACGAUGUGCCCCGUGGCGCGGUUCAAAACCUUUCGCAGACCUGCCACGGUUUCGCAGCUGGCAUGAUCAAAUUUUGUGAGCAUAUGGGCUGGGACGUCAUGUCUGCUGCGUUGGACCAUUUCUCGGAUCGGUUGAGAGCAGGCGCAAAGUCGGACUUGUUGGCCUUAGCACAGAUUACCUUCGUAAAGAGCCGAACCGCACAGGCGCAACCGAGCAAGCUUCGAAUCAAAGGGCAGGAGAAUAUCAAGUAUGAGGAGAAGCUCAUGGCCAAGGCUCAGGUCAUUUCGAACUCGGCCAACCGACUAUGGCAAAUGCAGAUGCAACAAGAGGUUUAUGAGGAAGAAGGAUGA